UCCCUUUCUUUUUGAAACUUGUACUUAUAUAUGCGCGCAUCACACCUUACUUUGUUUGGAUUAUUCUGGCGGAAUUGAUCACCACCAUCAUCAUCAUAAUCAGCUUUCUUGUGAGACAAAAAACUUUUCCGAAUUAUAUUAUCAAAUGCCCGACAGUAUGAGUAUAUCUGUAAACGGCCAAUCCCAAGUCCCUCCUGGCUUCAGAUUCCAUCCAACUGAAGAAGAGCUUUUGCAGUACUACUUGAAGAAGAAGGUCUCCAACCAGAGCAUCGAUCUCGACGUCAUCCGCGAUGUCGAUCUUAAUAAGCUUGAGCCAUGGGAUAUCCAAGAGAGGUGUAAAAUCGGAACCACUCCACAAAACGACUGGUAUUUCUUCAGCCAUAAAGACAAGAAGUAUCCGACCGGAACGCGCACGAAUCGAGCCACAGCCGCCGGAUUCUGGAAAGCCACCGGCCGUGACAAGGUGAUUUACAGCCACUCCAAAAGGAUUGGUAUGAGAAAGACUCUAGUCUUUUACAAAGGCCGAGCUCCCCAUGGCCUCAAGUCUGAUUGGAUUAUGCACGAAUACAGACUCGAUGACAACACAAACGACAACAAUAUUCAUUCGUCAGCGGUGAUGGUCGAGAUUUCUCCAGAAGAAGGAUGGGUGGUUUGUCGUAUCUUCAAGAAGAAAAAUCAUCACAAAACCCUAGACAGCCCAGUGAUGUCUUCCGCGACUAUUGGCACAAUGGAAUCAACGGACCAGAUGACGAUGUUUGAUUCAUCAUCAAUCGGUAACGAGGGAGCUUUGGAGCAAAUAUUUCAGUACAUGGGAAAGACUGGUUCUUGCAAAGAAGAAGAGGUGAACAUUAACGAAGCUCAAGCUGCUGGCACAGAAAACGAUACCAAUGAUGACACAAACGACAACAACCAGACAAGUAGAUUCCUUCCAACAUCGUCCCUGGUCAACAGUAGGGCUGCUGUUAUGAACACGAACAACAAUCUCAGUGGAUGCGGUGGCCACGAGAGCUCAUCAUUCUUGAAGCUUCCGAGCCUGGAGAGCCCAAACUCCAGCCAAAAUGGUUAUCAAUCCAUGAAUAGUAAUAAUAAUAACAAUGUUGAUAUUAAUCCAAACUUUGGGUUUAUGAAUCAUCAUCAGACCAUGGACUCCAAUCUGAUGAUCAUGACCAACUGGGCAGCUCUUGAUCGGCUAGUGGCUUGUCAGUUAAAUGGCCAAACCGAGGUUUCCAUGGAUUAUUGUACUGAUAAUCAUAAUCAUAAUAAUCAUCAUCAUCAUCAUAUGCAAGUACCUGCAGUGACUACCUCCGUCCGAUCAUCUUCAUCUGGCAAAGUACCCUACCAUGCCACCCUAGAGUACAACAACGAAAUUGAGCUCUGGAGUACUUUUGCCAGGUCAUCAUCAUCCUUGUCGCCGUCCGACCCAAUAUGCCACGUGUCCAAUGCUUCAUUAUAACAUAACAGCCCAACUAAUAAUAAGAAUAAUUAUAUAUAUUAUUAUUUUUUUAUAUAUAUAUAUAUUAUGUGUCAUGUAGUUGUUCAAAGUCAUAGAGGAACAUAAUUACCCACCAGGGCGGCAGGCAGUUAUAUGUGUAUGUAACUAUCGUAAUUAAUAUUAAUUACAUUUUACUUGAU